CGACACCGCCCACCGUACCAGCCCACAAAGUGGGCGGAGCCUAUUCAGUAGACAGGGGGCCGAAGAAUCACGUGUUAGCUGGCACAGGCGGCAGUAGCUAGCGUGUCCUCGUGAUAUGUCUGUGGGCAGCCAAGGGUAUCCGUUCCCAGCGCCGCCUGGAAUGGAAGCCGUGCAUUUCAGCGGUGAAACCCUUGUUCACCACCACCAGGUCUCACAUCCAUCGUUAGAACCACACAUCAAGCGGCCAAUGAACGCCUUCAUGGUUUGGUCACGGAUCCAGAGGCGCAAGAUAGCUGUAGACAAUCCUAAAAUGCACAAUUCCGAAAUCUCGAAAAGAUUAGGAGCCGAAUGGAAGCUGCUGACGGAGAUGCAGAAGCGGCCGUUUAUAGACGAGGCGAAGAGGUUGCGGGCCGUCCACAUGAAGGAGCACCCUGACUACAAGUACCGGCCAAGGAGGAAGCCAAAACUGCCUCUCCAGCAGCAGGGACAACUCGGCGGUUGCAGCAAAACAACGCCGGGGGUUGGCGUGGGUGGCGCGGUAGCAGCGACUCCUCCAGUAAGCACCGCAUUCCCUAGUUUCCCGUUGCCACCAUACUUUGCAGCCCCGACAGUUCCCCCUCAUUCACUAGAUCUAGGGCCUUACCAUCCUCUACCGUCUUACUUUGGGUCCGCUUUCGAUGCUGUCCAUAUAUCUAAACUGGUAAGUCAAGCGGCCGCUGCGGAACCCCCGACGCCCGCCACUAGUAAGAACGCUAGCGUCUCGGCAGCCGUCGUCAACCCCUUCUACUCAUCCCUGUACUCUGCGAGCAUUCCUGGGUUGGCUCAUCCGACGUCUGGUCAGACUAAAGCGUUCCAGCCUCACCCACAGCCCCUCAGUGCUCUGUUCCAGCCGCCUCCACCGCCUCUACUUUUAAGUGGCUCCACGACGUCGGGACAGCGAAGUCCUGGAUCGAGCCCCGAGAACAGCAGCGCAACGCCCGCACUAGAUCUGGAACACCUUAGGAGGCCGGUGUCAGUGAUUUUCUAGUCGCACUGGGAAACUGAGUGACUGGACUCCUACGUCAGGAAUGCCAACCUUAAGACGAGCAGUGUCAGUGAAAUACACCCUUGACGUCGACAACAGUAAGUUGCUUGCAGAUCGGAAUUAGGCUUCAAAACCAUUAUUCAGAAUGUAGGCUUGUUACCCAUGCAUGUAAAGAUCUUUUAAUUAAUAAUGGACAUACCUCCAACUAUAGUUGAGGUCAAGAGUAUGUGGACCUAUACAUCCACUCCCCCAUACGUCUUAGUAAAGCAGUGCUUAAUUAGUUAAGUAACACGAUGGACAUGCAGAAGGAGCUGUCAAUUUUAGUCUCCUAAAAGUUACCAAAGUUAUUCUGUAAACUGUUAUUUAAUACUGAGAUCGACAGCCAACACAUUGCUGCAUCCAGCUGUGGAAGAGGCGUACGGUCAUGAACAUGAAAUGAAGGCAAAUCGAGUUAUGCUAGUGUAAAAAUAUUUGGACAUUGCCGUGCCACUUUUCUAUGUUACGUUUUAUAGAUUAUCUGUAAAAUGUGGUACUAUUGAUCAUAUGGGUUAAUAUCUUCAAUAUUAAGGGGCCCAUACACGUACGAGCCUGGCUCGCAAGUCCGACAUUGCUCGGGUUCCAAUGAGCCAGACUCGUCCGUAUGUGGGUCGCAAAGUUGGAAGUCAGCUCAUGCGUUUGUGGUUAA